AUGUGUAAUGAUGGCUGGCCCACAGUUGCGAGCUGCAAAGAAUCGAUUCUGCUCACUGUCAUUCAGCCCUAUCCAUCUCCAAAAUCAGCAUUUAUUAGUGCUGCUAAAAAAGCAAGAUUGAAGUCCAAUCCGGUCAAAGUGCGCUUUUCUGAAGAGGUCAUCAUCAAUGGGCAAGUGUCGGAAACUGUUAAAGACAAUUCACUUCUUUUUAUGCCAAAUGUUUUGAAAGUCUAUUUGGAAAAUGGACAGACCAAAUCCUUUCGCUUUGACUGCAGCACCUCCAUCAAGGAUGUCAUCUUAACCCUGCAAGAGAAGCUAUCUAUCAAAGGCAUUGAGCACUUCUCUCUCAUGCUGGAGCAGAGAAUUGAAGGGGCUGGCACCAAGCUGCUCUUGCUUCAUGAACAAGAGACACUCACUCAGGUGACGCAGAGGCCCAGCUCCCAUAAGAUGAGGUGUCUUUUCCGAAUCAGUUUUGUUCCCAAGGAUCCCAUUGACCUGUUAAGAAGAGAUCCAGUUGCUUUUGAGUAUCUCUAUGUUCAGAGUUGUAACGAUGUCGUUCAGGAGCGAUUUGGACCAGAGCUGAAAUAUGACAUUGCCUUGCGGCUGGCCGCGUUACAAAUGUACAUUGCUACUGUCACCACCAAACAGACGCAGAAAAUCUCCCUCAAAUACAUUGAGAAAGAAUGGGGACUAGAGACUUUUCUUCCAUCUGCUGUGCUGCAGAGCAUGAAAGAGAAGAACAUCAAGAAAGCUCUCUCCCACCUUGUCAAAGCAAAUCAAAACUUGGUACCACCGGGUAAAAAGCUUUCUGCACUACAAGCUAAGGUCCACUAUCUCAAGUUCCUCAGUGACCUGCGGCUGUAUGGGGGCCGUGUAUUCAAGGCAACAUUAGUGCAGGCAGAGAAGCGCUCAGAAGUUACUCUUCUGGUUGGUCCCCGGUAUGGCAUAAGUCAUGUCAUAAACACCAAAACCAAUCUGGUGGCUCUUUUAGCUGACUUCAGCCAUGUCAACAGGAUUGAAAUGUUUACUGAAGAAGAGAGCUUGGUGAGGGUGGAGUUGCAUGUGCUAGAUGUGAAGCCCAUUACACUCCUUAUGGAGUCAUCAGAUGCCAUGAAUCUGGCCUGUCUGACUGCUGGAUACUACCGGCUGCUCGUGGACUCCAGGAGGUCAAUAUUUAACAUGGCCAACAAGAAAAAUGCAGGCACACAGGACACAGGAUCAGAAAAUAAAGGCAAGCAUAAUCUCCUUGGUCCUGAUUGGAACUGUAUGCCCCAGAUGACCACCUUCAUUGGCGAAGGAGAACAAGAAGCCCAAAUCACAUAUAUAGAUUCUAAGCAGAAGACAGUUGAGAUGGCAGACAAUACCUUGUGUCCCAAAGAGCACCGGCACUUAUAUAUCGACAACACAUACAGUUCAGAUGAACUUAGCCAGCCGCUGACUCAGCCAGGUGAUGCUCCCUGUGAGGCUGACUAUAGAAGCCUAGCUCAGCGGUCCCUUAUGACCCUCUCAGGACCAGACACUCUGAAGAAAGCACAGGAAUCUCCGCGAGGAGCUAAAGUGUCCUUUAUUUUUGGAGAUCUUGCCUUAGAUGAUGGCAUGAGUCCCCCAACUCUAGGCUAUGAAAGAAUGUUAGAUGAAAAUCCAGAAAUGCUGGAGAAGCAGAGGAAUCUCUACAUCAGUAGUGCCAAUGACAUGAAAAACCUGGACCUCACUCCAGACACAGACAGCAUCCAGUUUGUGGCAAAUUCUGUAUAUGCAAACAUAGGUGAUGUGAAGAACUUUGAGGCCCCUGAGGGGAUAGAGGAACCCCUCUUACAUGACAUCUGUUAUGCGGAAAACACAGAUGAUGCAGAAGAUGAAGAUGAGGUGAGCUGCGAGGAGGACCUCGUGGUGGGUGAAAUGAACCAACCAGCCAUCCUUGACCUGUCUGGGUCAAGUGAUGACAUUAUUGACCUCACGACCCUGCCUCCUCCAGAAGGAGAUGACAAUGAGGAUGACUUCCUCCUGCGUUCUCUAAACAUGGCCAUCGCUGCUCCCCCACCUGGCUUUAGAGACAGUUCUGAUGAAGAGGACACUCAGAGCCAGGCAGCAUCCUUCCAUGAGGACAAAGAACAAGGCAGCAGCUUGCAGAAUGAGGAGAUCCCUGUAUCCCUCAUUGAUGCUGUGCCUACCAGUGCAGAGGGCAAGAGUGAGAAGGGAAUGGACCCUGCUGUCGUUUCCACACUGGAAGCCCUUGAAGCUCUUUCAGAAGAACAGCAGAAGAGUGAAAAUUCAGGUGUAGCCAUCUUGCGGGCUUAUAGUCCCGAGUCUUCAUCAGACUCGGGCAAUGAGACUAACUCUUCUGAAAUGACAGAGGGUUCUGAGCUAGCUGCAGCACAGAAGCAGUCGGAAAGCCUUUCCCGCAUGUUCUUGGCCACUCAUGAAGGCUAUCACCCUCUGGCAGAAGAGCAGACAGAGUUCCCCACCUCCAAAACCCCCUCAGUGGGCUUGCCUCCAAAGUCCUCUCAUGGCCUGGCUGCUCGCCCAGCAACAGACCUCCCAUCCAAAGUUGUGCCUUCCAAGCAGAUCCUUCACUCAGACCACAUGGAAAUGGAGCCAGAAACCAUGGAGACCAAGUCAGUCACUGACUAUUUUAGCAAACUGCACAUGGGGUCAGUGGCAUAUUCCUGUACCAGCAAAAGGAAAAGCAAGCUUGCUGAGGGAGAGGGAAAAUCCCCCCUGAGUGGGAAUGUACCAGGGAAAAAACAGCAAGGAACCAAAAUACCAGAAAUGGAGGAGGACACCAAAGGCAAAGUUGGCACUGUGUCUUCAAGAGACAAUCCACCACACCUCAGCACUUUUAACCUGGAGAGAACUGCCUUUCGCAAGGACAGCCAAAGAUGGUAUGUGGCCUCUGAUAGUGGGAUGGUAGAGAAAAGUGCAAUGGAAGCACCAGCCAUGAAAGCCUUUCCCAGAGGUCCAGGUCUGGGUAACAGAGAGGCUGAAGGGAAAGAGGAAGGCACUGUGGAAGGAGAAGCUGAUGAUCCUUCAGGACAUGGCCAAGGGGACCGCUUCCUAACAGACAUGGCCUGUGUAGCCUCAGCCAAAGACUUAGACAACCCUCAAGAUACUGACUCUCCCACUUGUGACCAUGCCACUAAGCUUCCUGAGGCUGAAGACAACGUGGCACGCCUUUGUGACUACCAUUUGGCCAAGCGAAUGUCAUCCCUGCAGAGUGAGGGCCAUUUUUCUCUACAGAGCUCUCAAGGCUCUUCAGUGGACACAGGUUGUGGCCCAGGCAGCAGUAGCAGUGCCUGUGCCACUCCUGUCGAAUCGCCCCUCUGCCCAUCCAUGGGGAAGCACCUGAUUCCAGAUGCUUCUGGGAAAGGCGGGAGUUAUAUUUCACCAGAGGAGAGAGCCCCUGGCCAUCCCAACCAUGGAACCACCUUCAAGGAACUGCACCCACAGACAGAAGGGAUGUGUCCACGUAUGACAGCAGUGCCUGCUCUGCACACAGCCAUUAAUGCCGACCCCCUGUUUGGCACUUUGAGAGAUGGAUGCCAUCGACUGCCCAAGAUUAAGGAAACCACAGCUUUGACAGAGCCUGGGAAGGAGAGACAAGGAGGCAUGCCUUCAGCUUGGUCUCCACAUCCUGAAGCUGAUCCCAUCCUGCUACCAUCAAAUAUUCACUUGGAAUCAAAGGUGCCAAGCCCAAAUCAAGACCCUAAUGAUUUCUCCCAAGGAAACCAGGCAUUCGGAGAGGCUGUGAGCUGGCGGCCAGCAGAUCUGAGAAGGGGGAGCCUCAGGACACCCCCCAGCCAGAAGGCUCUCAGACAUAGCAGCAGUAUCCUCUCAGGACCCGUAGGUUUGGAGACCUUCCAAGAGAGAACCAAGGGUGUAGUCAGCUUGAAGUAUCCAGGUAUCACAGAAGCACAGGAGGUCAGUUCAGAAAGACGAGCAGAACUCCCUCUGGGGAAGAAGCUCACCAAAAGUUUUUCCCAAAACUCAAUGCACUUUAUCUCUGAGGGAAAGUUUCACAAAAGGUCCCCCAUGUCUCACAAAGACUCAAAGGUGUAUAGGACCCUACCCUUACGGAAGCUGGAAAGCAGCAACUGGAGAUGCAGAGGACCCUUCAGCUACUGUUUUCUAAACCAAGGGCAGGAUGAAGAUGGGGAUGAGGAUGAAGAGGAAGGAGAGGCCACCCUUCAGGUCUCUUGUCUCUAUCGACCACAGAUAACCCAAGCCAUGCAGGAACCAAGUAAUUCAUCCCUGGUUGUUGGACUGCAGAAGCAAGGGGAAGAACUGUCCAGAGGGACAGUGCUGAAGGUGUGGACAGAAGACCCAGAUGGCCCAGAUGACUUGGACUUCAGCAGUCUGGCUUUUGAUGCCCGGAUUGCAAGAAUAAAUGCCCUAAAGGCAAACACAUAUGGAAUGCCCGAUGGGUUUCUCGAAGCCCAGAAUGAUGCCAAUGAGCUGCUCUGCCUUGUGAGGGCAACCAAGGCAAAGAGGGAGGAGUCACGCCCUGAAACAUAUGACCUUACACUUUCUCAGUACAAGCAACUGUUAUCCAUUGAGUCCAGACAGUUGGGAAGUGCCUGUAGGAAAAUGGCAAUGGCCGAGAAAAGCCCAGAAGAGAUGCUCUUAGCUAUGAGUUCCAGUUUUCAAGUGCUCUGUUGCUUAACAGAAGCUUGCAUGCGGUUAGUGAAAGUCGUGAACUCUGAAAUACAGCGGCAAGAAAUUGUAGCGAAGAUUGAUGAAGUGGUCAUAAACUAUAUUUGUCUCCUGAAAGCUGCUGAGGCAGCCACUGGCAAGACCACUGGGGAUCCUAAUAUUGGGCUAUCGAUGCGACAUUCAACCACCAUGGCCGCUCUUGUAAGCACACUAACACGUUCUCUCAAGAUGCUUUUAAAUAAAUAAAUAUGGAAGUCACAUCAUAAUCUAUCUUUGCAAAGCCAUACAUGAACUUUUCUUUACUUUCUGUGUACAAUGAACAGAUGUCUCCUUUCUUCUCUCUGUAUAUUUUGUUCUUUUAUAUAAAAUAGGAGAUAGAAGUUACAUU